UCCAGACGUCAUAUCCCAGCGACACACAGACAGCGUGGUGAUAGAAUGAGGUGUUGGCUGCAGAGACCGUCGCUUAAUUUCAAUAAAUAGUUUAGUGUUUUUAGGACAGAGCACCGUUUUACGAACGCUGUGGGAUUUCAAGGAGCAAGAUGACAGCGACCCGGCCCCAGAAACGAUAUUACAGACAGAGGGCUCACUCCAACCCCAUGGCAGACCACACGUUUCAAUACCCAGUAAAACCAGAGAAAAUGGACUGGUUCCAGCACUACCCUGAAUUUUUUAAACCGCUGGCAGAGAGAGGUAACCAUGAAAAGAAAGACUCGCAGGAGGAGACGAGGCAGGGUCCUAUGGUGGAGUUCGCUGACAUUGGCUGUGGCUAUGGCGGUCUCCUAGUGGAGCUGUCUCCGCUGUUUCCGGACCGGCUGAUGCUGGGUUUGGAGAUUCGGGUCAAGGUGUCGGACUAUGUGAAGGACCGCAUCCGGUCGCUGCGGGAGGCCCACCUGGGUCAGUACCAGAACAUCGCCUGCAUCCGAAGCAACGCCAUGAAGUACCUGCCCAACUUCUUCAAGAAAGCGCAGCUGAGUAAGAUGUUUUUUCUGUUUCCGGACCCGCACUUCAAGAAAACCAAACACAAGUGGAGGAUCGUCAGCUCCACUCUGCUAGCGGAGUACGCGUACGCUCUGAGAGUCGGGGGUUUGGUGUACACCAUCACUGAUGUGGAGGAGGUUCAUGAGUGGAUGGUGAAGCAUUUCACCGAGCACCCUCUGUAUGAGAGAGUGCCGCGCGAGGAACUGGCAGAUGACAUCAUCAUCGAUCGCUUGGGCGCCUGCACAGAAGAAGGGAAGAAAGUCCAGCGGAAUGGCGGUCAGAACUUUCUGGCUAUCUUCAGGAGGGUGGAGGACCAAGAGCAGAUGUCAAGCCCCUAACCCUCAAACUAGAACUGCCUGCCUGGACGCCUCGACCGUCUCUUUGAACUAAACUGGUGUGGAUUUUCAUUACUGACCACGAGGGCUGGGCUGGGACUAUUAUUCCACUUGGGACGCCACAAACUUUGACAUCAUGAUCAAUGAUUUCAUGAACUUUGACACCAGGCGUGCUUUUAUACACUGUUCUUAUUGCAUCUUUUUCUUAUAAAUUGCAUUUGAUUUAAA